GUCCGAAGUUUGAAGCUUUUACAAACUAAUUUUCCGUACUAAUUUCUAUCUCAAAUAUAUUUCAAUUAUGAGAUAUUGCGCCUAUCACUAUUGUAUCGAACAUGGCGCAUCUCGUGUAUAAUUCCUAAGCAAAUAAUGGCAUCUUACUCAGUUGAGAUUUGCUAACAGAAACGAAUAUUAUCCCCCCACUGUCAAAAGACUUUUCAGGAUGGCCUCGCUACACCCACUAGUGCCGUCUCCCAGACUCCUCAGAUUCCUUCGCAUACAAUCAGAAAGCCUUAGCUUCUUCAGCUGGAGCCAUGAUAGCACAACGAGCCUUGGCCAAGCUGCGCGUAGAGUCCUAUGCGCAGCUAGAAGAAACCAGAAGAGUUCUGCGCGAGUAGAUUGUGCAAUGGACUUUUCGCAAAAUGCGACAUUACAGGCCGGCAUGUUAGAUCUAGAUUCGCUCAUACAAACACGCGGGAACCGAGCUUCAAGAAAUGUUCGCCAGACAAACCCUCCAUACUUUUUGCCAAGUAUAGGCGUGCGAUAUAACUCCUCCACGAAUCGGCCUCCGACAAAAUGCCAGACAACUUGGCGAGAUAAACUCUGGGGCUUUGGGACAAGGAAGAAGGCCAAACCUCUAGAACCAGACGAUCUCCCCAAUGAUGCAGACAGGGGCCCUGAUAAUAAUUCAAUGUUUAAUACUCGACGGCAGCUCAGUCAGAAAGCUGCCUUGGAGCCGAGACUACGAUGUACCGAAGUUGACGAGAAUGGAAAUGUCAUAUUAGUAGACGGCGAGUUCAAGAAGAGCGAGCUCAUCGCAAGGUUCGGCUUGCUACCUCGCGAUCUACGCAAGAUCGAUUCCUCCAACUUACCACACAUCCUCGUCCGACCAACUGCCAUUCUGAUCAACUUACUACAUUUAAAAGUGCUAAUCAAGUACAACCGUGUCUUACUAUUCGAUGUAUAUGGCUCCAAAGCAUCAUAUCCCCAGUCGGCGUUCAUGUACGAUCUACAAGGAAAGCUUCAGCAGAAGACGGUUCCGGGAAAUGGCGGUCUGCCGUACGAGUUCCGUGCUCUGGAAGCGGUCCUCCAAUCCGCCACCCAAGAGCUUGAAGCAGAUUUCGAGGCGGUUCGCGAUCCGGUGAUCCGUAUUUUAAGUGAGCUUGAGGACGACAUAGAUCGUCACAAGUUGCGAAUUCUGCUCGUCUUAUCCAAGCGAGUAAGCACGUUCGAACAGAAGGCAAAGCUCGUACGAGACGCUAUCGAGGAACUGCUUGAAGCUGAUGACGAUUUGGCGGAUAUGUAUUUGACCGAGAAAACACGCGAUGUUCACCGUGAGCUCGACGACCAUACCGAAGUCGAGAUGCUGCUAGAGUCAUAUCAUAAACUUUGCGACGAAAUCGUCCAAGAAGCGCAGAAUCUGGUGUCAAGUAUUCGGAACACCGAAGAAAUUAUCCGGGCAAUCCUAGACGCGAACCGUAACUCUCUUAUGCUCCUAGACCUAAAAUUCAGUGUCGGGACGCUCGGUCUAGCUAUGGGUACGUUCAUCGCCGGUCUCUAUGGCAUGAACCUCGAGAACUUUAUCGAAGAGACACAUUGGGGCUUUGCAGCUGUCACUGGCGUCUCUAUCGUAUUCUCUCUCUGGGUGUGCAAGUACGGCUUGGCCAAACUUAGAAAGGUCCAGCGCGUCAAAAUGCAAGGCAGCGACGCAAAAGGCAGCGAGAACGAAUAUCAUUGGUUCCACGACGAAGGAAACGUGGGGCUCCUAGACCCCCGCAACCGGGAAAUGUUGAGACGACUCAACAUGAAGAAGGCAGAGGCCGAGAAGAAGAAAAUAUGGUGGUGAGACACUUGAUAAUGAGCUAUAUGGGGAAUGUUCUAUUAGACAUGGGUCGAACUUGUGUACGAGGGCUUGUUUAUGGCGUUAUGGCGGAGUCAGCAUUUCUGGGACACAGUAGGCCGGUUCGGGAGUCUGUAAUCUGUCUGAUAGACUCUAGGACUAAAAAGGUAUUCUCAUCUCCAUAGAAUCAAAGGGCAUCCUAGACUCAUCGUAGACCAAUCAGGUGGUCCUAGAUAUAGUAUCUUAGAAAUGUUCUCAGGGACGUCACAUCUUCCCA